AUGACGGAGAUCGUGCAGCUGUACCGGCAGUUCAUCGAGCUGAAGACGAACCCCGCGCCGAACGACAAGGAGCAGGUGGAGAUUUUGGAGCGGAUCAUCGGGUAUCUGCGGAAUACGGACAAGGACAGCAUGGUGGCGUUCAUGUACCAGAGCGAGGCGUCGCUGCUGCGCGCGAAGGGGAUCUUUUUGGACAUGCUGGACAACCUCGCCGGGAUGCUGUGGGACCUCAACUACACGGUGAAGAACGUCGUCUACGAAGUGAUCUUCCGGCUGCUGAAGCGGGCCGAGCUCUCCGAUCUGACGCUGCUGGGGUUCGAUCCCGCGAGCACCGCGCCGCCCACCAAGGAGAACGUCGAGUUCGCGAGCAAUCUGCGCAAGGUCCUGCUGCGCAUUCUGCGCGACGUGCUCGAGCGCAUCAACGAGAAGGGCAUGUCGCAGCGCCUGAGCGUCUUCUAUUCGCGCAUCAUCUCCAUCUGCAUGUUCCGCAUCCCCUCCUUCGGCGCCGAGGUCUACUCGCUGCUCUGGGACACGCCCACGCCGCCCGACGUCUCGCCUGCCACGCCGCAGCCGCUCCAAAUCCUGCUGGCGCGCGACGUGGGGGGCAGCACGUGCUCGCUGUUCAACUCCUUCACCGCCUCCACGGUGAAAAUGAUCGACGAGUUCGCGGAUCGGAGCAGCGCGGCGGACCACGCGUCGCCCGCGACGAUCGGUAGAAGCGGGGCGAGGAGUGGACGUGUAGAGGACAUGAAGGCGAUGGAGGGCGGCGCGAUCGAGAGCUCGUUCCAGGUGACGCAGGAGUGGCUCACGACGGUGUUUCACACGUGCAAGAUCCAUCCGAUUCUGUCGGAUCGAGGUUUUUAUUUUGAGAGGAAGAGAGUGAGGGAUAGGCGCGGGGAACAACGACUUGCUGCAGAAACUGCUGGACUGGAGGCCGGUGGAGCAGGCGGUUCGGCGGUACAACGAAGAGAACGGGCUGUCGACGAACGACACGGACUUCUUUACGGUGUAGUGACGAACGAGUGGAAGACGCGCAUCUCCAUGAAGGGGAAUCUCUACUAUCUCAUCGUGGAGGCGUGGCUGCAGAAGAUCCUCUCCAUCAUGACCAAUCUCCAUCGCGAGAUCCAGUGGUCCUGCAUCCCCGGCUACAACGAGAUGCUCCUCUCCUUCGCCGUGCAGCUGGAGGCCGUGCCGCUCGCCGGGUACACCGACACCAUGACUAAAGUCAUGCGGACCUUUCUCAGCAACGACAGCACGCUCAACCUCUUCGUGCGCAUCCUCUUCCUCAAAACGCGCCCCUACAACAUCCAGGAAGUCGCCUUCGUCACCGAGCUCGUCGACAGUCUUUUCUGUUUCCUCGUUUCCCCUCUCUUCUCAUCCGCAGGCUCCUAUCGACGCUGGACCGAUCGCCUGGAGCGUUCUCGCCACCCCAACGAAACGGCUCCGACGAAGCUGCCCGCGACGUUCAGUGAUUAUCCGUUCGUGCAGGGCGUGCUGAUUCUGCUGCGCAGCGACAUGAACCAGGUGGUGAUCAAGGCGAUGGAGCUGCUGUACCACCACUGGGACCUGCUGCGCGAGCACCAGAAGCACAUUUUCAUGCUGGAGCUGCUGAGUCCGCAGAUGAUCCUCUCGUUUUUCCUGCACUGGAACGUGCACGUGCGCCAGUUCUACGACUAUCUGCUGAUCUACUGGCUGCUGCAGUGCUCCGUGGCCGAUCGCAAGAACCGCAUCGACGUCUACGACUUCCUCAAAGACUUCGCGAAGCUGCACAUCAAGAAGGGCCGCGUCGUGGACUUCGCGCACCCCGAAAAACUCUCGUUUUCCGUCAAGCAAGUGGAGUUCGGGAAGAACUUCUUCAUCGUCAAAGCGACGGACAUCUCCGCGCAGCUCCAGGCGCGCUCCGAUUUCCGCGCCUUCCUCCAGGACCUCGACGUCUUCACCUUCGACGAAUUCAAAGCGUACUACGAGCAAGUCGUGGGCCCCGCCAGCGACGACGCCUGCACGCAGCUGCUCGACUACCUCCAGUUUCUCUGUAUUGUGUACUGCAUCUCCGACGCGAAGUCGACCUAUUACUGCUUUUCCACGAUUAUGGUGAACGCGAAUCAUGAUUGGCUGCUCUUCAAUCCGCACAAUCUCAAAAAUAACAGCUCCUAUUAUCAGCAGCAGAUCCUCAUCGCGCGCUUCUACGCCUUCCUUCGAAACCUGCACCGCAUCGUGGUGGAUCGGAUCGACUCGGAGAGAGAAAGCUAUCGAAAGUUCCAGAAGUCGCUGAAAAACGCGCAGGCGAGCGUAGAUUCGGUGCGCGCGGUUCAUUGUAGUGUCAUAACGAGGCGAUUAACAAGCUGA